AUGGGCCGCCAGCUGGGCCGCGCACUGGGGCUGCUGCUUGUGGCCGGCGCCGUGGCCGCGGCAUCCUGCUGCGUGGCUGACGGCCGGAGGGCCCUGUACUGCUCCUGCAACCUCAGCCAGGUGCCCCCGGUCCCCAGCACCACCGAGAUCCUCCUGCUGAGCUUCAACUACAUCCGGGCCGUCACCCGCGCCUCGUUCCCCCUCCUGGAGCGGCUGCAGCUGCUGGAGCUGGGGACGCAGCAGACGCCCUUCAGCGUCGACAGAGAAGCCUUCAGGAACCUGCCCAACCUGCGCACCCUGGACCUGGGCAACAGCCGGGUGGAUUUCCUGCAUCCCGACGCCUUCCAGGGGCUGCCCCACCUGCAGGAACUCCGGCUGUUCGCCUGUGGCCUCUCCGACGUCGUGUUGACAGACGGUUAUUUCAGAAACCUGGGGGCUUUGUCGCGCCUGGACCUGUCCAAAAAUCAGAUUGGGAGCCUCGAGCUUCACGCCUCCUUCCGGGAGCUGGGUUCCCUGAGGUCCGUGGACUUUUCCCUCAACCGGAUCCCGGCUGCGUGUGAGCAGGGGCUCAGGCCCCUGCAGGGCAAGGCGCUCUCCCUUCUGAACCUCGCGGCCAAUGGCCUGUACAGCCGGGCCCCCGUGGACUGGGGGCGGUGCGGGAACCCGUUCAGGAACGUGGUCCUGGAGACCCUGGACGUGUCUAACAACGGCUGGACCGCAGACGUCACGGGCAACGUCACCAGGGCCAUCGGUGGGAGCCAGAUCUCCUCCUUGGUGCUCGCCCACCACAUCAUGGGGCAGGGGUUUGGCUUCCGGAACAUCCGGGACCCUGACCGGAGCACGUUCGCGGGGCUGGCCGGGAGCUCGGUGCUGCGGCUGGAUCUGUCGCACGGCUUCGUCUUCUCCCUGAACGCCCGACUGUUCGAGGUGCUCGGGGACCUGAAGCUCCUGGACCUCGCCCACAACAAGAUCAACAGGAUCGCGGGAGAAGCGUUUCACGGCCUCGGCAGCGUCCAGGUUCUCAACCUGUCGCACAAUCUCCUGGGCGAGCUCUAUGACUCUGACUUCUCGGGGCUCGCGGAGGUCGCCUACAUUGACCUGCAGCACAAUCACAUCGGGAUCAUCCAGGACCAGACGUUCAGAUUCCUGGGGGCGCUUCGGACCCUGGAUCUCCGCGACAACGCCCUCAAAACCGUUUCCUUCGUGCCCAGCAUAGACACCAUCUUCCUGGGCAACAACAAGCUGGAGACCGUGUCCCACAUGGACCUCACAGCCAGCUUCCUGGAGCUGUCGGACAACAGGCUGGAGGACCUGGGCGACCUCUACUCGCUCCUCCGGGUCCCUGCCCUGCAGGUCCUCAUCCUCAACCGCAACCGCCUGUCCGCGUGCCGUGGCGGACACGGCCCCACGGGCAGCGUCGGCCCAGAGAGGCUCUUCCUCGGGAGCAACAUGCUGCAGCUGGCCUGGGAGACCGGGCGGUGCUGGGACGUGUUCCGGGGGCUGCCCCGGCUCCGGGUGCUGCACCUGAACCACAACUACCUGGCCGCCCUCCCGCCGGGGCUGCUGCGGGACCUCACGGCGCUGAGGGGCCUCGACCUGAGCGCCAACAGGCUGAGCACGCUGUCCCGGGGCGACCUGCCUGCUGCCUUGGAGGUGCUGGAUGUGUCCAGGAACCAGCUCCUGUCCCUGGACCCCGGGCUGCUCGCCCCGCUCAGAGCCGUGGACCUAACGCACAACAAGUUCAUCUGCGGCUGCGAGCUCCGUCCCUUGGUGAGGUGGCUCAACCGGACCAACGUCACUGUGUUCGGGUCCCGCGCAGACGUGCGCUGCGCCUACCCCAGCUUGCUUGCGGGGACGCCCCUGUCCUCUGUCUCCAUGGAGGGCUGUGACGACGAGGAGGCCCUGCGGACCCUCACGUUCUCCCUCUUCAUCUUCUCCACCGUCGGGGUCACGCUGUUCCUCCUGGCCGUCCUCGUGGCCGCCAAGCUCCGGGGCCUUUGCUUCCUCUGUUACAAGGCGGCCCGGCGCCUCCUGCCUGCGGGGCCCGCCGAGGACGGAGCGCCCGACGCGUACCAGUACGACGCCUACCUGUGCUUCAGCGGCAGAGACUUCGAGUGGGUGCAGCGCGCGCUGCUCAGGCACCUGGACGCUCAGUACAGCUCCCGAAACAGGCUGAACCUGUGCUUCGAGGAGAGGGACUUCGUCCCGGGGCGGGAGCACAUCGCCAACAUCCAGGACGCCGUGUGGAGCAGCCGCAAGGUGGUCUGUCUGGUGAGCAGGCACUUCCUCCGCGACGGGUGGUGCCUGGAGGCCUUCGCGGCCGCGCGGAGCCGCUGCGCGUCCCACCUGGACGGCGCCCUCGUCCUGGUGGUCGUGGGCUCCCUGUCGCAGUACCAGCUGAGGAGGCACCCGGCCAUCGGGGGCUUCGUGCGGCAGCGCCGGUACUUGAGGUGGCCCGAGGAUCUGCAGGACGUGGGCUGGUUCCUGGACACGCUCUCCCGACACAUCCUGCAGGAGCAGAGGGGCGCGCGCGGGGAUGGCGGCAUCCCGCUGCGCACCGUGGCGGCCGUCGCCUAG